CCUAUGAGGGGGGUAGCGGGCGCGGCCUCGCGCCAGGCGGGAUCCAAUAAGAAGGCAGGGGCGGGGACUGGAGGGUUCUAGCAGGUUCCAGAAGGCUGGUGGGAAAAAGGAAAGGCGGGCGCAGGAAGGAGGAAAGGCUUAACUAGAAGCGGCAGCGGUGGCGCGGGAGACUUGGCCGGCGCCAUGGAGAAGGUGGGCGAAGUGGCUGGAGCUUUUUAGUAACCGCAAAGGCUCAUGGGAAGGUGGCGGUGCUAAAGGGGGUCUCGGGAAGGGGAGAGAGGGGGAGAAAAUGUGGUGUUAGGUGCUGCUGAGAUUAUUUUUUGCAAGGGAUUCUGGGGAAAAAGGGGUUCUGACGGGAGAGGGGGUUUCUUUUUGAAAAGGUGGUCGGGGCAAAGGAUCAUGGGAAGGACUGAGGGGGGUGUUAGGAAUGGGAAGGGGGUCUCGGGUAGUUUUUGACGGGAUGAUUGCGAAGAGGGGGCGGCUAUACCUGCAAAGCAUUAUGGGAAGCCUUCGUGGGUCAGGUCAUGAGGGGAUAUUGAAGGGAGCAAGACUACCUCCUCAUAAGGGGCCUUCUGCGGGGGGGGGGGGCUGAACUGCGAAGGUCCUGAAGGGAUAAAGAAAUAAAGGGCUCUGCAAGGCCUCGUGUGAAGAAAUGAGAUGGGGAAGGGGGUCUGCGGGGGGAAGGCUAGGCUUGUAAGGUCUGAAGUGGGGAAGGUUUAUGGGCUCUCUGCCAGACAUCAUGGAGGGGUUUUCAGCAAAUACAUACUGUAGUUGAUGGGGCUACAUCCGAAUUAGGGGUCCUGGAGUAUCACGGCAGGGCUAGGAGUGUAGGGGGAAGGGGCCAUGGCAUAUGAAUUGGAGGGCUGAAUGGCAGGGUUUGUGGGGCUGGUGGAUUCAGUAGUGUGUGGGGCAGAGGAACUAGAUUUCUGUGAGGGAUAGCAAGAAGCUUGAUUUAUUAAUUUCAUAAAAUGUAUAUAACCCUUGAUUGCAGGGGUCAUUGAACCAAUAAUGUCAUUGGAGGGUGGGAAUUAAGGUCUGUAUCAUCAAAGAGGUCAUGAGAAUGAUAGACCAUUAAAAAGGCGGCUACAGAGUUAGAGCUUGAGGCGAGGCUCCUUGCAGCAUGGUUUGCGAGCUCGGUUUUGUAGGAAAAAACUUAUAUUAAUAAGUAAUCUGUGAUGGUUUGAAGACGGUGCCAUACCAUACAUUCAAAACUUAAUGACUUUCUGCAAAGAAUUCUGGGAACUGUAGUUUUUCCCUUCACAGAACUACAGUUCACAGCAUCUCUAACAAACGAUUCCCAGGAUUCUUUGGGGGAAGUCAUGAGUUUUAAAUGUGUAUUGGGUGUGCUUUAAAUGUAUGGUGUGGAUCUACUGUGAGUGGACUCUUGAACCAUCACAGGUAAUUUAUGUGCAUAAGUUUAUUUCUAAAGCCUAUCCCUCAAGCUAUGCCCCACACCAAUGCAGCUAGUACUGCUCCUCAGGUAAUCCCCAUUUCCCACUCGGCACUGUUCCUCACCACAGUAUUCCCCUCCCAAGCUGAAAUCCUCACCUUCUUCCUCAGUCCUGGGAUGCAGUCUUUGAGGUGGAGCCCAUGAGGGAAGCAGUGUCUUGACAGACAUCUUGAAUAAGAUGUAGCAGCCUGAUGGAUUUUGGUAGAUAGGGUGGCCUGUUGUGGAGCAUGCAAUUAAAAUAGCACAAAUGCCAAAAGCUCUACCUCAUUUUGGAAAUUUGAUAUUUAAUAUUUAUGGAAGCUCCACUAGGGGUUGUGAUUUCUAAGGCCUGGAUUGCCGCAGGAAUAAUCUUGCAGGAAGAUCUGUAGAAUAGCUUUAGGGGCACAUGGUGACAGUAUGUGUGGAACCGUUGGAACUAGGAAAGGACUGUAGCUUAAUAAUGUAGCUCUUACUCUGUUGGUACAAGAUCCCAGCUGUAAUUCCUGGUAUCUCUAGGUAGGACUUGGAAGUUGGUAUGGUGUAAAGCUGUAGGCCUUCCAGUCUUGUGUAUACAGUGCUGAGCUAGAUGGACCAAAGUUCUGAUCCAGUAAAGGCAGCUUCCUAUAUUUCUAGGUGAAUUGUAUAGUUUUGGUAGCAUGAGCAAGUUGAUGGCAGUUUUCUGAGUGAAAUGCUUUAGGUGCGGAUGCAGCUCUAUAACCCUUGUGAGAUGAAGCAAAAAGGUAGGCUGAGCAAGGCUCAGUGGGGCAUUGCAGCUUUUAAAAAGCCUGUUUGUUUUCCAAAGGAGCCUUCUGAGCCGAUCUCAGCCUGCAUGUUGCAGCAUGUUCGGCACCUGCUAGAAGGAAACUUUUGAGGUAGGAAUUGCUGUCACACUUGGGAGUGAUGGCCGUGGUCAACAGUAGAGACCCGUUCUUUGUAUCCAAAAGCUCCUAGGUUCAGACCCUCACAUCUCCCAGUAGGGGCUGGGAAUGGCUUUUACCUGGGACCCUGGAGAGGCACUGCUAGACAGUGUAGACAGUCCUCAGUUAGAUGGACCAACAACCUGAUUCUUCAUAAGGCAGUUCCUGUGACUAGCAACUGUUGCACUAAGGUCUUUCCCAGUCUUCUUAGCAAAGAGCCUUUUAAAUUGGAACUACUGUAAACCUAAAGCAUUUUGCUUGCAAAGCAUGUGGUAUACCACUGAGCUAUGGUGCCAACUCACUUCCUGACAUAGGAGCUGCCUCCCCAUUCCAAAUUGUUGUGUGUCUUUUGUAUGUGAAAAUGGGUGUAGGAAGAAAGUAAUCUUCAACAAAACAGGCCUCAAGCUUAGCAAGGUGGUGAUUCCACACCGUCAAGUGAAAAACAGAGCCCGUUGCGCCGAGUGUUUAGGUGAAUCUGCCAAGGUUAUACCAUGGCAACCUGGCUGCAGUCCACCUGCAUCACUUCACAAUACUGGCCUCAGCUUUCUUUCUCUCCCCACUGUCCCUCCUAAAUGUUUGGUGUGUGGCUGUAGGGUAAUAUUCUUCUUCUAGAGAAAGUUUACCACCUCCAUGCCUUGCCUGCCAAUUUGUGCCCUUUCUGCAUGUGACAUCUUGCUGUGUUUUAUUGUACAGCUGUGUCUCCCUCUAAGACUGAAAGGGCUCUAAAAUCCUUACAUGUGUAGCCUGAACGUUUUGUCCCAAAUUAAUGCAGCUAAGUGGAGAUUGUUUUCCCCUUGGCUGUCUGUAAUUUCAGCAAGCAACCCCUAUCUGAAUAGAGCCGUGAUUCAGAGGGAGCUGCCUCCAGCUUCCUGUCCCCCUUAGGAGCAGCCUUGGACACAGCAGGGACAACAUUCUAUUUGCAUCAGCAGAUGGUGGGCUGCUAAUUCAUUUGGGCUGCGGAUGCUGCAGUUUCAACUCCCUUGGCUACCUGUGGAGGCGGUGACUCAUACCUGGGGGCCUGUCCCUCAGGCUCACGUCAUUUCUUUCUAGAGGGAAACAGUCGCUGGGAAUAUCUUGCAGCAGCUUUGGCCAACUUACUCACCUUCAGGUGGGAAAGAAGUGUCUCACAUCUGUCACUCGUAAGAAGAAAAGUGCGCCCACUUGUAAGCAAUAGAGGGUUCAACACUUUCUGUGUCAUAUGAAACUGCAAAGAAGUGCAACAUAUUAUUCCCUAUAGAGAUGCAUAUUUGAAUGCAGUCCUGUGCAACAUAAGCCCUGGCAGCUAAAUUCAGCCAGGUGGAUUGUGGAGCCUUGUAAAAUGGAAUGCCCAACAACUGACUUCUAUCUGGCAGUGAUGGUUGAGAAUUGGUGUCUUAUUGCAGAUAUUUAGAGUACAAGAAACCUAAACCUGAACCACUUAACAACUGUUGCCACACUAUACAGAUUUCAUUAGCUGAAGUCUGUUUAUUUCUUACAGUUGCUAUAGUCUGAGGUAGGCAGACUUGGAGGUCUUUUUUAAAAAACAAAACAAAAGCGCAUUCCCAAGAUCUACCAAUGAAAGUCAAGUACAGGCAUAGGCAAACUCAGCCCUCCAGAUGUUUUAGGACUACAACUCGCACCAUCCCUGGCUAACAGGACCAGGGGUCAGGGAUGAUGGGAAUUGUAGUCUCAAAACAGCUGGAGGGCCAGGUUUUCCUAUGCCUGGUCAAGUACAAAAGAUAGAGUAAGAGUUAAGGAGCAGGGUGCCUCUGAACAUAUUCCAAGUCUUGGGAUUUGUGUUCAGUACUUUCUUAAUUUCAGCAACCUAAUUUAGGUGGGAAAGUCAUUUUUUGUUGCUAUUGUUAAGCAGUUGGGAAUGGGAAACUCGGCCAGUUAAUCAUGACCCAUCUUCUCCCUGUCCCUGCUUAGUGGCUAAGAGGUUAAGAGACUGAGCUACAAAAUGUCGAAUUCCUUGGUUCACAUCUUGCAUCUGCCCUUAACUCACAAGCCACCCUCAGCCCCUCCAUCUGCAAUUCCCCCCCAACUCUUUAUAUGCUGCUUUCUGGUUAAAAGGCUGCCAAAGUGGUGAACAGCAUAUUAAAACAAAAUACAGUGGUACCUCAGGUUACAGACGCUUCAGGUUACAGAUUCCGCUAACCCAGUACCUCGGGUUAAGAACUUUGCUUCAAGAUGAGAACAGAAAAUGUGCGGCAGCAGCAGGAGGCCCCAUUAGCUAAAGUGGUGUCUCAGGUUAAAAACAGUUUCAGGUUAAGAAUGGACCUCCAGAACAAAUUAAGUUCUUAACCCAAGGUACCACUGUACAAAAAUGCCAUAAAGCAUCAAUCAAAUGUAAAAAGGCAAAAUCACACCAUGGGAGUGCAAGAGGCAAGCCAUUCCAAAGUCAGAUGCUUUUGCUAACCCUGUAUCCCACUCAAGGAGCUGGAAAGCUUGAGAGGAGGGGGAUAAGUAAUGAUGACCUACCUUUUGGCGCUUUUGCUAGGAUUGCAACUAGAGAUGUAAGAAUUGCAUUGAUGUAUUAUUACUGUAAGUUGUGUGUUUUGCCUUGGGUAAGUAGCUGAAAAUGGAUGUGCAAUAAACUUUCAGAGGCCAGAAACUUACUUUCUCCCCCUCCCCCCCAAAAAAAACUGAAAAAAGUCUGCUGAAGAGAGGAGGGCCUUUUGCUUGCUGACCAUCAAACUCCAAUUUUUAGCAAAAAUGCCUCAAUUCAAGGUUAUAGCAACAGUGGGAGUUAGAAUCAGGUGUUUACUCAUCUGGGAUGCUCAGAGUUUGGUAAGAAGUAGUUCACUGGAGCAAUAGGUUCUUUUUCUGGGUUACUAGUGCACGGAAUCCUCAGCAAGCUUUUGACUUCUUUUUUUAAUUCCCACCAGGUGAAUGAAUUGAAAGAGAAGGGUAACAAAGCCCUGAGCUCAGGCAACACAGCAGAAGCUAUCAAGCACUACUCGGAGGCCAUCAAAUUGGAUUCUGCCAAUCAUGUGCUGUACAGCAAUCGGUCUGCUGCUUAUGCCAAGAAAGGCGAAUAUCAGAAAGCCCUGGAAGAUGCUUGCAAGACAAUUGAACUGAAGCCAGAGUGGGGCAAGGUGGGGAACCCCCUUCUAGCCAAGGAGACAUGACACAGCUGUGGAGAAAUGCCCAUUCCAUACACCAGGUGUGAGAAACCUUUUGGCUCUUCAGACGUUACUGAAUUGUCAACUCCCAUCAGCCCCAGCAAGCAAGGCCAAGGGCAAUGGGAGUUGUAGUUCAGCAACGUAUGGAGGGUGAAGGUUUCCCCAUCCUUGCCAUAUACCAUUAUUCUGUUUGGUGGACUUGUGAUUCCAGAAUGAGAGCCCCAAGGCUUUGCCCUCCCUCACUUCACAAGGAACAAGAGAGAAGUGGGCAUUAAAUGCCUGGCAAUGAAGUCACUGCAGUUCAGGCGUGGCAUUUUCUUCCAGCUGUGUGUGCGCGCUGGGGAAGCACUGUGUAGCUCAGUGGUAAAGCAUGUCCUCUGCAUGUAAAAGGUCCAGUCCUCAGCAUCUUCAGGCAGGGUUGGGUAAGAUUCUCAUUUGAAUGGAAUUUGGGGGAGCCACUAUCGGUCAGUGUAGACAAUAACAAAAGAAAAAAAAUUCAUUAUUGAAGUUCCUACUACAUUUUUAUCCUUUUAAGGCACUCGGGGUAGCAUAAAUUGCGCUCCCCCACCCCUAUCCUGAGGUAGGUCAGACUGAGAGAUAAGUAACUGGCUUGAUGUCACCCAGUGAAUUCCAUGGCUGAGUAGGGAUUUGAACCCAGGUCUAACCUACCGCACCACACUGCAGAUACUUGGCCCAAAGUGUGUCAUGCACCACUGUUGCAUAUGCAAGGUCUGCAGGCUAAAGAAGGUUCUUCCUUGCAACUGUUGCAUUGGUUUACAACAACUGGUAGUUGGCAUAGUCAAUUAGGCAAGUAGCUGCCUUCAAGCAUGGGUGAAUUAGAGUUUUGUAUAGUCCUUCAUGUCAGUUUUGGAAAACUGAUAUAUUGGCUGCUCUGCCUUGUCUCAUACCGUAUUUGCUGACCUGGCUGCUCUUCUUCUCUUCUCAGGGCUAUUCCCGAAAGGCAGCUGCCUUGGAAUUUCUGAACCGCUUUGAAGAGGCCAAGAAGACAUAUGCAGAAGGGCUGAAACAUGAGCCAGGCAACGCACAGUUGAAGGAAGGGCUGCAAAACAUGGAGUCCAGGCAUGCAGGUGAUGGAAGUCACACCCAGAUCUGCUUCCUUCCUUAUCUCUUAAGACUUGCCUACAUGAACUAGUUCUGUGGCUAACGUGACAUGGAAGUUUGAGAAAUUAUCCCAUGACAAAGAAUUGGAUAAAUUGUCCUAGGAAAGGCAGUGUUCCCCAUCCUUGCUGCCCUCCAGGUUUUAUUGGACUGCAGCUCUCAUUAGCCUCCCCAUCCUUGCUGCCCUCCAGGUUUUAUUGGACUGCAGCUCUCACUGGCCAUGCUGGCUGAGGCUGAUGGGAGUUGGAGUCCCCUGACAUCUAGAGGGCAGCAGAUUGGGGAAAGCUGGCGUAAGGGGAUCCAUGCUGAUGAAGCUUCAUAACUACUGGACAACUGAUUUCAGUAACCUUCCCUGCCUCUACCCUGUACCACAAAGGGAAAUGGCUUUGUUACAGGGGUUGUGAUGCAGAUUUCAAUAAUAAAAUUGAAGAGCAUCAAAUACACAUAUAGCUGGAUUUGACUGUUGAUAAGAGGGCCAUGUCGUGAUGGCACAUGCUUUUCCAGUGAAGUCAUGAAGGUUUUCUUGGUGGUUGCUUGUCAGUUGUGAGAGCCCCACUUGACAUCUCUCUGGAAACAUAUCUGAGUUAGGAGAGCGUAAGCGACACAGCUGAGCUUUGAAGACUGUUGGAUCUUAAAAUGAUUUGAUUUAAUAAAUAAUAAUAAAUUAUUUAUACCCCGCCCUCCCCAGCCAGAACCGGGCUCAGGGCGGCUAACACCAAUAAAAUUACAAUAAAACAUAAUUGGGGUGGGGGGAACAAAAACAAAAAAUACCAGUUAAUUAAAAUACAGGUUAAAAUAGAAUUUAAAAUGUAGCUUUUCAAAUGCUCAGCAUAAGAGCAUAACUACUGUGUACCAUUCUGGUGGCUUCGCCUCAAAAAGCAUAAUGUAGAGUUACAAAAGGACAUCCCCAAAUAAGGGGAUGGAGCAACUCCUCCAUGAAGAAAAGUUGUAGUGUUGGGACUUCCUAGUUUAAAGACAAGAGGCGGCAUGAUAGAAGUUUACCAAAUUAUGCAUGGCAUGGAGAAAUUGACUAGAGAAAAGUUUUUCUCCCUCAGAACUAGAAUUUGUGGAAAUCCCUUGAAGCUGAAUGUUGGAAGAUUCAGGACAGAUAAUAGAAAGUACUAUGUUGUGUGUAGUUAAACUAUGGAACGCAUUAUCAUAGGAGGCAGUGAUGGUGGGUUUAAAAGUGAAUUGGACAAAUUCAUGGCAGAAAGGGCUAUCCAAGGCUUCUAGCCAUGAUGGCUGGGUUCUGCCUGCACAGUUGGAGACAGUAACAUUUCUGAAUACCAGUUUCUGGAAACCACAGAAAGGGAGAGAGCUCUUGAGUGACACAGAAUUUCUGGAGACCGACAGGUCGGGCAUCCAUAGCAGUGACCAGAGGAGGAAUGACUGCUAGGAGGAGCGCAGAGAAGAAACAUCAUGGUGCAUCUGUAGCACAACCAAACACCCCAAUACCCUUUUACUUGACAGAAAAUCAUGAAACUACAGGUCUUUAGUGCCUGAUGCUGUGAGAACACCUGGUGCAUUUGCUCCACCAGCUGAACUCACUCAAGAUGAAGGAAAGAGGGAGUGCUUCUGUUUCCUUAUCAAAGCCUUCUUUAACCUGGUGCCCUCCAGAUGUUUUGGACUACAGCUUCCAUCAGCCCUAGCCAACACUGUCAUGGAGGGCGCCAGGUUGGCAAAGACUUCCCUAGAUUGCAUGGAUAAGAUAGCUACAGGCUAUCUCCAAGACCUGCAGUUGGUGCAGACACCUAUUCCAGAAGGAAUUUAGAUCUUGCAGAUAGCUGGGCUUCAGUCUCAUUAGUGUGAGUCAGAACUGUAGGACUGGGCUUUCUGUGUUUCCUUAGCUCGGGGACCACAGGUAUUCAGCAGCGCUGCUGUUUCCACACAGUCUAGCUGUUGAAAGAUGUGAAUAAUGUGGGCAUGUGGCAGCAGGAACCUCACACCUUCCAUGACGUAAUCUUCCCCCUGGGUUUUCCCAGAGCUUACAGAUGGUGGAGGGCAGGGAAGGCCCUGUUGUCAAGAAUGCUGCUGUGUGUCACUCAAAUCUGAUAUUGCCUUUCUUCUCUCCCCUGCCCUGUUCAUCCUUCAGAAAGGAAUCUCAUGAACCCUUUCAACUUGCCCAACCUUUAUCAGAAGCUGGAGAGUGAUCCCCGCACAAGAGGCUUGCUCAGUGAUCCGAGCUACAGAGAACUGAUCGAGCAGCUCCGCAACAAGCCUUCAGACCUGGGGGCGUAAGUGCCUGGAGUGGGAGUUGGGAAUUGUAUGCUGUAGGGUUGUCUUUCCGAGUCAUGCCCAAGACUCAUCAGGCCCAGAAUUCUAUCUCACAGCUUCCUAAAUGUUCCUGGGAGCUCAUAAGUGGGGCUUGGUGGUGAUUGUCUUAUCCUGCUUCUCAUCACCAGUAUUUUGGCAUUCACAGAUAACAUUGCUUUUGUAUGUGUGGAUAUAAUUUAACUAUCACAGUUAAUAAUUUUGUGUACUUGACAGAAGGGCAGUUUGAGGUUGUCAUGGCACCUGUACCGCUUGAAGGGAACACCAUUAAAAGGAAUUCCAGGAUAUAGGAAUUAUGCAAGGCAGCUUAAGAAAUAUUUAAAUCACAAUAGUAGAAUAUAGCAGAAGUAAAAAUAUAACUGAGGCAUUUCAGGUAAGACAUAGUGUUCAGCAGAAUGUCUUCAACCUGGUAUAUUAAAAGUCUGCUGGAAUGAAAAAUUAUUGAGAGCCAGUAUGGAUGGUGUUGUAGUUCGAAUGAGAGAGCUAGAUCCAGGAGCACCUCUAAAUUUCUAACUAAGGGUUCAUAUUUACUUUUUUAAUGUGCUUGAAGUCCGGCAGCAACCAGGAAAAAAACCUGCUUCGUGCAUAGUAUCGGAAAUUGAGUUAAUGUGGGUGGCGUUCAGCACAAGGAUCUUCAGUUUCAUAGGAAGUUUGUAGCAAAAACCUCAAAGAGCCUUAAACAGGGUGUCUUUUAAGACAGUCUUUCAUAAAAUUGAUGGACUUGGUCCAUUUCAGAAAAAUCACAGAAACAUAGCUGCCCCUCAAAGCUGCUGGAGUAUUCAAUAGCCUUACCGUUAGAAAAUGGAGUCUGACACUGACUUGCGCAGAACUAGAUCCUGGGGGCUACAUCCACCUAUAUCUUAUUCAGAGUAGUCUAAUUCAAAUGAAUGGACCCGCAUCAGUCAUUGAUUUCAGUGGGUCUGUUCUGAGCCAGACCAACAUUGGUUGCAACCUCGGGUCUCAAGCACUUAGUCCACCAAGCUGCAUUUCUUCAUGACCCAUUUUGUGGCCUGCCUUCGUGACAGGAAACUAAAGGACCCGCGGGUGAUGACAACCCUUGGGGUGCUACUUGGAGUUGACUUGGCCAGUGCAGAUGAUGAGGACGAAGCGAUGUCUCCACCCCCUCCGCCACCCCCCAAGAAGGAGCCCAAGCCAGAACCCAUGGAGGAAGAUCUGCCGGAGAAUAAGAAGCAGGUACUGGCUGGCCCAGGAGACUUGGCUGCAACAGUAGAGUGCUCAGUCUCAGCACUAUGUACCUUAUUCAGAAGAUAUAUUGACUGGCUACCUUUUCUUAAAAGCUUUUUUAUAGCUGUCAUCUUAUCACAGGUCUUGUUAAACAUACCAUACAAAAUACCAAGGGUACAUAAAAUCAAAAUUAAUACACAGUAAUCAAAAACUCGUACUUAAGGGAGUGGGUGGCGCUGCGGUCUAAACCACUGAGCCUCUUGGGCUUGCCGAUCACCACAACAGGGUGAGCUGCUGUUGCUCUGUCCCAGCUCCUGCCAGCCUAGCAGUUUGAAAGCACUCCAGUGCAAAUAGAUAAAUAGGUACUGCUGCAGUGGGAAGGUAAACGGCGUUUCUAUACGCUCUGGUUUCCGUCACUGUGUUCCAUUGCGCCAGAAGCAGUUUAGUCAUGCUGGCCAAUGACCCAGAAAGCUGGCUGUGGACAAAUGCUGGUUCCCUUGGCCUGAAAGUGAGAUGAGCACAGCAACCCUAUAGUUUGACUGGACUUAACCGUCCAGGGGUCCUUUACCUUUUUUUUUACCUUUACUCUUAUGUCUUACAGAUUAGGUCUAACAUGACCCAGUGAAAUUAAUCAACAUGGCAAAUUUAGGUCCAUGAACUUCAGUGGGUCUACUUUGAGUAUAACUUGGUUCAAAAGAACCCUAUGCUGUUUUGGUGAACUGCCCAGAAUGUCAGCCACUGGAUGGAAUGGGAAUGUAAUUGAUAAAUAAUGGUACUAAAAUACAUCAGAAAUCCAUUAUCAGGAAAAUGUGGCAGUAUCAAAAUAUCCUCAUUAAAGGAAUGCUGCAGCUUUCACCAGGCCCACAAAAUAUAUUGAUGUCUGUAACAAGCAGAUCUGUUAUGGAGGGUAUUCCACAGCUGGGAUGCCAGAACCAUAAAGCUCUCUGGUAGCUGCACACCUAACACCUGAAGUUGGGGUGAGGGGUGUGGUUUUUCAGGGUCUCAACUGAUCUCAAACACUGGGCAGGUUCAAAUGGCCAUCCUUGAAAUACACUUACACGUAAGAAAUGCUGUCUCUGGCAAGGUGGAGAUUUUUUGGCUGAAUUAUGUCUUGCCAUUCUGCAAUACCAGUUAUUAAGUUGAGUGUCUGUUGCCUUUCAGGCUCUUAAGGAAAAAGAACUGGGGAAUGAGGCUUAUAAGAAGAAAGAUUUUGAGGUAGCCCUGAAGCAUUAUGACAAGGCAAAGGAGCUGGAUCCAACCAAUAUGACAUACAUCACGAACCAAGCAGGUGAGAUUGUGGGGCAUCAUUCUUCCCAUCCCAGGCAGAGCUGAGGUGCAUGAACAGCCUCAUGGUAGGUUUAAAAUGGCAAAAAACAAAGUUUAGCGUGGGCUGGAGUUGAACCAGGUCAGUAAGGUUCCUUUAAACCAGGGGUGGGAACCCUGUGUCCCCCCAUAUGUUUGGUCAUUGUCGUGCACUGGUCCAUUCCUGGGUACUGACAGAGAAAGCAGUGAGGCUGGAGUUAAGGCUGGUUGAAGGUUGUGGGACCAUGGAUAGCUCGGAAUGAGCAACUUGCUCUGACAAAGAUUAGGAGCGAAAUGUUGAAGAGAUGGCUUGCUCUUGCCAGAGGCCUGAACUGAUAGCUUGAAAGCAGGCCAAGCGCCGCAUAAAUUUUAUUUUCAUAAUAAAUAAAACUAGACGGAAGCUAUGGAUUUCCCAGCCAGAGGUCUUCAUUUGUAGCUCACCCAGUCUUGGGAAAUCAGGGGUUCACGACUGUGUCUUUCCCCUUCCUUUUCCUGUAGCGGUGUAUUUUGAGAAGGGGGACUACAACAAGUGCCGGGAACUGUGUGAGCAGGCCAUUGAAGUGGGACGCGAGAACCGGGAGGAUUACCGGCAGAUUGCCAAGUGAGUAGCAUUCACAUUUUUUGCUCUGCCCACUUUCCCCUCUGGCUCCACCCACCACUGAGCCAUGUGGUAGAGCAUUUGAUUUUUUAAAAACGUGGUUGCUUAAUUUAAGACGUUGAGCUAAUGCAGGGGUGAGAGAUGUGGAGAACCUGUGACCCUCUAGAAGUUGUUGGACUCCAACUUGUUUCAGCCCCAGCCGGUGUGACCACAGGUUAGGGAUGAUGGCAAUUGUGGUCUAAGAGUAUCUGGAGGGCAACAGGUCUCCCACCCCUGAACUAAUGAGACCUGACUGCUGACUGAAUAAAGCUUUAUGCAUGAGCUGAAUGGAAACUUGAGUCAUGACGGCUUGAAAUGUACUCUAUUGCAUGGUGCUGUGUGACCUAGAUUCUGCUGGGCUAUAAAAUCACUACCCUGCCUAGCCUGCCUAACACAAAUGUAAGAAGAUGGCUGGACUAGAUAGACGUUUGGCCUGACCCAGCAGGAGCCUGUUUUCCACAAUGGCCAACCAGAAGGCCCCCAAGCAGAGCGGAGUGCAGUAGCCCUCUCAGCCACUGGUAGCCCUUGAUAGCUUAAUUCCUUCCUUGAAUUUGUCUCAUCCCCUUUCAAAGGCAUCCAAGUUGGCAGCACUCACCACAUCUUGUCAUAGCCAAACUCCAUCAUUUAACAUAUGUGAAGACAUGAUGAGGGAUAGCUCAGUUGGUAGAGCAUGAGACUCCUAAUAUCAGGGUCAUGGGUUUGAGCCCCAUGUUAAGCAAAAGAGUUCUGCAUUGCUCUGAAAUUCUGUGAUUCUAAGACGUACUUCUUUUUGCCUAUGCUGAAUCUUCUUCCAAUAACCUUCACUGGAUAAUCCACCCUGGGUCUUUAGUAUUAUGGGAGGGAGAACACUUUCUAUCUACUUCUUCCACAUAGUGCAGAAUUUUAAACACCUGAUCCAUCCCUCUGAUCCAUUUUGGUUGCUUUCUUUCUUCUUUUCUUUUCUUUUCUUUUCUUUUCUUUUCUUCCUUUCUCUUUUCUUUUUUGUGUUUACAGUAUCCUUCUUAAGAAGCAGUAGCAAGAACUGUACACAGUAUUCCAAAUGUGCUCGCAACAUAGAUGUAUAUAAAGAUUAUUUCUCCUAGCAUCCCUUAGCAUGGCAUUUGUCUUUGUCCUGCAUGCCCCUGCCCUUCCCCUGCAACAAAGCCUCCUGGGAAUCAUGGGUCAGGGUUCUUCACCUAUUGGAUGCUUUCCAGCAGCUCAUUCCAUGGCCUGUUCUCUUGAAUAUAGAGCUUAUGCCCGGAUUGGCAAUUCCUACUUCAAGGAGGAAAAGUACAAGGAAGCCAUUCAGUUUUACAACAAGUCUCUGGCUGAACACCGGACUCCGGAUGUACUGAAAAAGUGUCAACAGGCAAGUGUUUGUUUGCAAGAGCUUUGCUAUAGCUCGGGGUUGGGAAACCUCUCCCACUCCUGAUGUGGCUGGCCUACAAAUCCCAUUACCCCUGACCAACCCCUGCUGGCUGGGGUUGAUGAGAGUUGGGAGUCCAGCAGCAUCCACCCUCCUCACCCCCUAGAUACUCCAGCCAAACCUGCAAACUCUGGCUCCCCCAUGCAGUUCUGGCCCUCCCCUUUUUUCCCAGCCAUGCAUUGGUCUGUCUUGUUCAGAAAUUGUCUACUCUGAUUGGCAGCAGCUCUCCCCAGUGUCUUGAGCACAGAGAGGGGUCUCUCCCAUCUCCUGCUAUCUGCUCCUUUUUGACUGAAGAUGCUGUGGCACCACGUUUGACGUUUAGGAAGUUGCCUUCUAUCGGUUUUGACUAUUUGUUCAGCUGGCUCAGUGUUUACUGUGACACUGGCUCGCCAGGCACAUAUCUGUCGUGUCACCUCCUAGCUGGUCCUUUUAAAUGGAGAUGCCAGGGAUUGAACCUAGGACCAGCAACACGCACAGUAUGUCUUCUACAACCAAACUGCGACCCCUCUCUGUAGUCUCUGCUGGUGCUUCCUUAUGCUAAAAUCAGGUGGCUUGGUCCAUCUAGUUCAGUAUUGUCAACGCCAGUGAUUCCCAAACUUUUUAUCCCACUAUCCAUUUGAAAACUGCUAAUAGCUUUGGUGGGCUGUGCAAUGCUUUCUUUGCCUGUUGCAAUGUGUUGUGCUAAAUGCUGUUUGAUUUUUAAUUGUCGUUUUAUAACUUUUUUGCAGUAUUUUACUGUAUUACAGUUUGAAUUUCAUAGAAUUCAAAUUGUAAUACAAUAAAAUACAACGUAAGAAUCAAAAGUAGCAAAAAUUUUUUACAAUAAUCAAUAUGAAUACCGUACUUAAUGCAAUGAAUGUGCUGCCUCCCAUCUUCAAAAUUGAACCCAUAGACAUGCUGUGGACUACCUGACUGGAGCUUGUGGACCACUGGUGGUCCACAGACCAGCAUUUGGGAACCCUUGGUCUACCCUGACUGACCUAUUAAUUUCAGUGGUUCUACUUUGAAUAUAACAUAGUUGGCUAUGACCCUGGGUGUUAACACUGGCUAUUCAUUCACAUCCAGGGUGAUUGUGACCAUUUUAAAGCCCUAUGUGGCUUCAGUGCCAGUUCCUUAGGAACACAUUCUCCUUUACUUCUUUGAGAUUUGAUGAGGAGGCUCUUCCGCACAUCCCCUGAACUAUGGCCAUAUCAAGAUUGAUGUGGCUGAAUUAUUGAAGUCUCUCAGGAGACUCAUUUGCCCCUGCCCCCUUUAUAUGCAGUCCUCUGACUAGUCAAAAGUUGUUUCAUUUAGUUAGGUGGUGUGUAAGCUGCCAUGAUAAUAUGGUGUGCUGUUGCUUACAGUUGAAAGGUUGGCUAUCAGUCUUCUUAGGUUAGGGUUGCUGGGGAAGGAUAGGGACCCUCUCUCCAAAUUUUCCAAUAGCACUGACACCUUGAAUCCACGCAAUAAGGCUUAGCUGCUUCAUAAAUCUGCUGCCUCAGAUCUGACAGGACUGUUCAAGCUCACUUUCUGUUUCAGGCUGAGAAAAUCUUGAAAGAGCAAGAAAGAGUCGCCUAUAUAAAUCCUGAUCUUGCUCUGGAAGAGAAAAACAAAGGCAAUGAGUGUUUUCAGAAAGGUAAGGGAUUGUGCUUGCAAGUCCAUUGUUGUUCUGUGUACUGAAAGGUAGCCACUGCAAAAAGCAGGGGGCUACUUGUUAAUUGCAGAGACUGUCUUGGAAAUACUGGUGAGAGUAGCUGAGUGAUCGAUUUUUGCAGAAGAAAUAGGCCCAGAUGCCUAACUAUCCUGUCCAUAGUGACAUGAGUUUCUGUAAGGGCAUGUGUUGAACUGAGAGUAUAUUAAGCCAUGUAACUAAUGUAUUUUGCUUGUCACUGUAUAAAAUUUCUUUCAUAUAAUGUACAGGUAUAACAAUCAAUAAAAACAGCUAUAAAAGCAAGUAAUACCGUUCCAGUUAGAAUGGUAUAUAAUUCAACAAAAGUCUUACUUUGGUGAACCAGACCUCCCUUCGUAGUUGAUGUUUUGGUAAAGAAUGUGCAGACUUUGUAAGAGCCCCAAGUCACAUCUGGCCAUAAACUCACAAAGUGGGUUUAGAUAAGCCUCCUUUCUCCCAACACUGCCCCCUCUCCAAUCUACAAUAUGGGGUUGAUAAUGCUAACCUACCUUAACAUGGUUAUUGACACAAGAAAAGCCUUGCUGCAUCUAGUCCUGCACCCUGCUUCCCCACAGUAGCUAACCCAUUGCCUCCAGGAAGCAGACCUGGAAAGCAGCAUCCCUUCCUAGCUAGAGAAGUGAACAGGAGCAAUCAAUCAGGACCUCUGUUCCAUUCCUUGCCCCACCUGCCUUUCCAUUUUGGUUCCCCAGCCGUUCAGAAUUCCAUGGUAUGGCCAGUCUUUAUUAGGCUGCCUUUGGGGAUUUCCCUUUAGGUUAUAGUUAACAUUAUUAUCAAUACAAACAUUUAGAAUGUUUUUGUUCUUCUGCAAACUUGUUGGUUCUGCCAAGCCUGCCAAUAGCUCCCUCUUUGCCGUGGGUGGUGCUAUUUUUUGGCUAGGCAUGAAAUUGCACACACAGCCUAAACGUUGGAAAUGGAGGGAAUGUCAACUGUCUCUUAGCAUGGAGUUCACACUUAGCUGUGCCUAAUCAGUCCUUCGUAAGGAUUAUUGAAAUAACGUGUGGAGAAUUUGGAUCUUUCGGGGAGCUUUGCAGCUGUAAUAGAUUAAGAUCGUGGGACCAGACUUCGACCAUGAACAAGAAUGUACUCGGAGGCUCUGGUGCUUGCCUUUUGCAAGACAAGUGCUUUAUUGGAACAGUUACAUGAGAAGAUGGAUUUGAUGACUGUUGCGAUCGGAAAUUUUGGACAGGCAGUGGGUACCUAUAUAGAACCCACUCAGGAAUUAAUUCAGGAAUGUGCUUUGACAGAUGAGAUGAAGGAGGAGGUUGUUGCUGGACCUCGGGUGGCAGAGAUGGAGGGAGCUGUGGCCCAACAGGAACAUGAGUUGUUGGAAUUGACGAAUGAACCUGGAAAAAGUCAGAUUUGGAGAGAUGGAGUUCUGUUUGCUUUGGAGAUGGGGGGCUGGAUCGACACCCCCCCCCAUGCAAGGAUGUUUUGAUUUUGAUUUUUCAAGUCUGGCCUUGGGCUGGGGGGAGCUCGGAGUUGUGGGGGCCUCUAACUUUGGAGGGGCCUCGAAACAUGCCUUCACAUACCACAUGGAUUUCAGUGUUGACUAUGGAAAAGGGGCUGACGUGUCGAGAAGGGACAAAAAUAUUGUCAAGCUGGAGUCUCCCCGAGUGAAAGGAGCAGAAGACAAAGUAAAGUACAGGUAUAAAUAUGAAGAAGACCUGCGGAAGGGACAUGGAAGAGACUUAAGAGCCUCGGACAUAAGGUCACCAGGUUGAUGGACUAGAUGGAUGGGAUAGAAAGGACUGACAAAACCCGAGACCAGGAAGAAGAGACGAUGGAUGAAGAUUGGAAGAAAUUUUUAAAAAUUCAUUUAGAAAAGUAUUGUAAAAUUAAUGAGUAUUAGAAAAACGUUGGAAUGAAAUUAUUGGGCUUUAGCAGAAAUGUUAAAAAAAUUUUUGUAAGAAUAUGUAAUGGUUAAGAGAAUUUGGUAUAAAUAAGUUUUAAGUUUUAGGAUUUUUUAUGGUAAGAUAAGGUUAAAAUAGAUUAAGGUAAUUUAAUGACAAUAUUGUGAAAGAUGGAAAGGAUUUGCUGAGAUAAUUAAUAACUAGAAUACAAAAAAGGGAGGUGUGAGGAGGUCGAUGAAAUAAGGUAAUGACAGUUAAGGAUUUGGGAAUAUUGGAUUUGUUUUUAAAAAAUUUUGUUUACUUUUGCUUUUUGAAUUUGAUGUAUUGUGUGUUUUGUUUUUUCUUUUUGACUUUGGUUUUUACUGAUUUGUAUUGUUUAAUUGUUACUUUUGUCUACUUUUUUCUUUCCUUUUUUCUCUCUCUUGUUUUUUCCUUUUUAUUUCUUUGUAACCUUAAAAUUCUCAAUAAAUAUCAUUUAAAAAAAAAAGAGAAUUUGGAUCUUUCAAAAAACCUCUAUAUGAGCUAAUGAUUCUUCUUCCCUCACAGGGGACUAUCCACAAGCAAUGAAACACUACACAGAAGCCAUCAAACGCAACCCCAACGAUGCCAAACUGUACAGCAACAGAGCUGCCUGUUACACCAAAUUGCUGGAGUUCCAGUUAGCAGUAAAGGUCAGGAUCCUAGGCCAGUGUUGUGCAAAUUCUGUUCUGGGGAGAAAGGGCUCUUACCAGAAGCUCAUUGGGUUCCUCAGUGUUAGAUUAGUUUUGGUGGGCACACUUCCUGGAAAGGGGCUUUUCUGCCUGUAUCUUCCUUCCUCUGCCAAAUAUAGGGGACUGUUGGUUGUGUCUCACAACACACUCCCAUUGCACAGCACAUGUGCCCCUUUAAAUUUCACCCCAAAUCCUCUACAAGGCUGGGAGCUCUGUGGCAGACAAUUCAACGCAGAAGUUAAGAGAAACUUUAGGUCUAGGCAUAGGAGGCUGCCUUGGUAUGGAGCCAAACCAUUAGUCCAUCAUGCUUACUAUUGUCUUCACCAGAAGUGGGGGACUGAAUUCAGUCAGUGAGCCAGACUCUUACCUACCACAGGCCAACUUUUGUCAGGUGGGCAGGUCACCAAUGGUAAGGCUAUUUCCAUGCAGCAACAGCCAUAGCUGGUGGACCAGCUGAAACUGGCAAGAAUCACUCCUAGCUGCUGGGGUCAUCUGGCCAUGGAAGAAACCACAUUGUUGGUGUCCAGCUUCUUUUCUCUUUGCAGUGAGCUCUUUUAUAAGGAGGACCUUUGCAAUCUGAAGUUCAGACCCAAAUUUGCCACCUCAUCUGCCACUUAUGUGAACUAGGCUUAGGAGCAGGGAUAGGGAACCUCUGGUCCCCCAGAUGGUCAUGGACUAGAACUUUCAUCAUCCCUGACCAUUCUCCCUGUGACUUAUAGGAGUUUGAAUCCAGCAAUUCUUGGAAGGCCGCAGGUUCCCUAUCGCUGCUUUGCAAGCAACUGCUUGAAAUAAGCUCAGGUGUCUUGGCACAAGGCCUAGCUAGCGUUGUGCCUGUAAUCUACCCACAAACAGCCGUAGGUGGUUCAGGAUAAUCCAUGUGGUUUUGGUAGCUUUAUAGUCCUUUCCAGGGAGGUGUUCUGAAGGUGAUCUCUGAUUCUUUGGUACCACUAGCCUGCUGGAAUUGAAGGUAAUCCCACACUUAGGCAGACUAAUUAGGCCCCCAGUGUGGUUCCAUGGUUAGGAACGGUAGAGAUGGAUUGUUCUUACCUCCAUCCCAUCUGCCCACCUUCCCAUUCCCAAACCUGGCAGUCUGAUAGCAGAGGCAUAAGCAUCCGGGGGUGCAAAUGGAGAGAAGGCUUUUCUGACUGGGAAUGGCUGGAGAAGGAACAGAUGAGCCUUGCGCUCAUUUCUGAAAAAUCGAUUUUUAAAGCAGCUUCUCUUCCUUCCACAGGACUGUGAAGAAUGUAUCUGCCUGGAACCCACAUUCAGUAAGUACAUGAAUAUGUCAAUUGGAAGGAAGUGAUUUGGGAAGGUUAAAGGCAAGAACAGGUCAUCAGGCAAGGGCUUGGGGUUAUGCAGCUUAAGGGAUGGUUGGAGAGUUGGUUUAGGUUUAGCAGCCAGUUAUCUGCAAAAUCCCACUGUGAUGGGGGUUGCACCUUGUUUCAAGAUAACACCAGGCAGUAUCUGGGCUGAGAGGGGCAAGAGCACUUAAUUGGGACAAGGUGCUUGAAUAAACAAAGGGGGUGGGGUGACUCAAACUGAGAUAUAUGAAGGAAUAGGAUAAAAGAUGCAAAUAAGUUCAAAAGUUUGAUGACUUUUGCUCUUGGCUUGCAGUCAAAGGCUACACACGCAAGGCAGCAGCACUGGAAGCAAUGAAAGAUUAUACCAAAGCCAUGGAUGUCUACCAGAAAGCCCUUGAGCUGGACUCCAACUGCAAGGUGAGCACUUGCUGGAUAUACAGCUGUGGCAGAGAAAUGGGAAAGAGCUUCCCUUAAACGCAGGUAAUAGCAAGUGGGAAGGAAUUAAAACUGACCUCGUCAUGGUCAUGAAGGAAGGGCCUUUCCAGUGAAGUCCAGCCUUCAAAAGGGGGGGGUGGUAUCAGUUCUCCUGGAAAUGGGGUGUUUCUGAACUUUCAGCAAAUUGGCUUCUUUCCUCCUACCUGUACACACUUCAUCUGUCCCAUCUGUUUUUGCUAAGAACGUAACAGGCCUUCUAGGACACAGCAAAGAUUCAUGUGGUCCAGCUUCUUGCUUCCUACAGGGGCCAACCAGAUGUUCUGGGAGAUCCACAAGCAGGGCACACGCUGUUUCUCCCUCCCCCCCCAAAAAAAAAAGUGGUAUUCAGAGAUACAGUGCCUUGGAACAUGAAGUUUCCAUUUAGCCAUUGUUGCUAAUAGCUGUUAAUUGGCCUCCCUGAUUUUUAAAAAUCCUAUUUUAAGACAAGGGCUAUCACCACAUCAGGUGGCAGUGAAUCCCACAAAUUAAUAAUGCAUUCUAUGAAGUAUGUUCUUGUAUCCUAAAUCUGCUUUCCAUCAAUCUCAUUGGGUGAGUCAGAAAUGUUCAGGUAUAAUUUGGGGAUGGAGAGGAUUCUAUUUUUGCCUCCCCCAACCUGGUGCCCCUCAGCUGGUGCUGAACUCCCAUCAUCCCCAGCCAGCGUGGUCCCAGUGGUAAAGGCAUGAAGGGAGUUGUGGUCCAGCAGCCUCUAGGGGGCACCAGGAAGGUUGUUGCAAUCCUUACGCAGAAUCUAUCUUUACAAUUUUCACGGCCCACAAGGGGGUAGUGGUGAAUAACUUUCCCUCCAUCACGCCUUGAAGCCAUGUAGCCAAAAACAAUGCAGAGAAAUAAGAAUUUUGCUAGUGUGAAGAUAUUCAAGGGAGGAGGGCGGGGAAACACCCAUCUUGACGUGCCCUCAUGGUCCUGCCUAUUUCCUACAGGAAGCUACAGAGGGCUACCAGCGAUGCCUCAUGUCCCAGUACAACCGCAAUGACAACCCUGAGGAUGUGAAGCGCCGUGCCAUGGCCGACCCAGAGGUGCAGCAGAUCAUGAGUGACCCGGCCAUGAGGCUGAUCCUUGAACAGAUGCAGAAAGACCCACAAGCCCUAAGCGAGUAAGUGAGGGCAGGGAGAAAGCACCAGUGUGGACGGUAGUGUGAUGGCUCUUAACAUAGCCUGUGUGGUGGCUCAGAUGAUGUGCUGGUCCACCUCAUGUUGUCUUCACAGGCAGUGAAGUUCUAGUUUAUAAGUGGAAUGUUUGACGUUGAAGGCCACUAAAGACACAGAGCACUUAGCAGUCUAGCAAUAAGCACAGAUCAGCAUGUAGGCCAAUUGUUUUGCAUUUCUUCUGAUUUUGCAUGCUUCUGUUCUGGAUUCAGUUGAGAACUUCUUAAACGUUCAGAAAUGUUAAAAGUUUCUGAGAUUUGGAGUGUGGUGCCAUGAGAGACAUGAGAAGUAGAGACGUUGAGAGAGAAGAUGUGCAAGACAGUGUCUUGCUGGGGUGGCUGACCUUUGACCCUCCAGAUGCUGCUGAACAAAAAACUCCCAUCAUCCCCAGCCAUUGGCCAUGCUGGCCAGAUGCUCAUGGGACUUUUGUAGUUCAGCAGUUAUCUGCAGGGCAACAAGUUAACCAACAAACAAUGUGUCAGAUUAGAACCUGGAUUCAAAUCCCCGUGUAUCCAUGAAACUUGCUGUGUCACUCAGGGUCAGUCACUGUCUCUCAGCCUAACUCACAGGGAGACACUGGGGAUAAAAUGGGGAGGGGAAAUCUAUGUACACCACUUUGAGGUCCUUUGGCAUUGCGGGGCAGGGGGGCGGGGAGUUGAGAUAUAAACGUAAUACCCGUAUAUACUCCAGUAUAAGCCAACCCGAAUAUAAGCCAAGGCACCUAAUUCUACCACAAAAAACUGGGAAAACUUAUUGACUCGAGUAUAAGCCGGUUUACCACACCACAAACCUGGGUGCUUUCGGGCUGCUUGUUCUUCCGCUGCCACCAGCAGCAAAGGUGGAGGAGGGGGAAGGAGCAGCCCGAAAGGACCCUCACUUGAGUAUAAGCCAAGGGGGGCUUUUUCAGCAUAAAAAAUGAUGUGGAGGUAAGCUUUGAAGAACGCAUCCAUAAAGACUAGACCAAGGUUUCCUAAACUUGGGACUCCAGUUUAUUUGGGACUACAACUCCCAUCAUCCCUAGCUAGCAGGACCAGUGGUGAGGGAUGAUGGGAAUUGUAGUCCAAAAACAGCUGGAGACCCAAGUUUGUGAAACACUGGACUGGACGUGUGUGUUGGCUUUGACAGUGCAGUGCCCAGUUGCACCUUGCUGCCCUGUGGCCUCUGAAACCCUCUGGUCAGUUGCUUGCAGUGAAACCUUGCCUUGAUGCUGAUAAAAGGAUCCCACUAUGGCAGGGAGAGGGAGCCAGGUGUGGCAGGACUAUAGCUCCCAUCGCUCCUGACAUUUGGCCAUGCUGGCUGGGGCUGAUGGGAGUUGAAGUCCAGCAACACCUGGAGGGCUGCCAGUUUCUCCCAUCCCAUGGUUCAGCCUCACAGUGGGGGCAAAGGUCCUGACUUGACACAACUCUCCUCUUUUCCUUUCCCACAGACACUUGAAGAAUCCCGUCAUUGCUCAGAAAAUCCAGAAGCUCAUGGAUGUUGGUUUGAUCGCAAUUCGGUGAUGAUUUUGACUCUGCGCCCUCCCUCCUUCCCCUGUUGAAAAGGGCAGCUGGGACUUCUGGAUGCUGGCAACGCAGUCCAAGGGCGCCCCCACCCCCUCUGUCAGAGGCAGAGACUUGUACAGUUGAGCGGUGUGUUAGUCUCUCUCGCACAUAUACAUGCGUGUGUGCUCACAUCAAGCACCCUGCCAGCACAGGGCGUGGCCUCUCAGUCAUUGUGGCCCCAUCGCUCUGCCACUCAGCAGUUAUUCCCAUUUGUGAGCUGCUCUCUUCUUUCCCUCCCCGCUCCCCCUUCCCAAGUUUUUAAUUAUCUUUGCCGAUGGCUGUGGCGUGGAGAAAGCGCAUCACUUGUUCAUUUGUCUGGUUUCUUUUGGCUGUGAGGCUGCAUUUUUUUUGUCGUCUGCUGCACAUCCAAUAAAAAAGCAAAGUUAGUGGCCUUGGCUUCCCGAGUCGCCUCCGUUCAUGUCAAGGUUCUGGUCUGAGCAUGUGCAUGCUGGCACUCUCACCCGUAGCAGGCAAUCAAAGGUGGCUUCUGCAGUCAUGUCUGCACGAGGCCUUUGGCUUUUCCAAGCAUAGAUGGUCUCUGGCAGCGUGAUUUCUUCAAUACCUUCCUGUGGACAUCUUGAUUCUUCUUCAAACCAGAUCACUAACUUGAUCUCGUCUAGGGUUCUGUUCUCACAAUGGCCAGCCAGUUGUCCCAAUGCGCAGCCCGCCUGCAGGACCCAAGUAUGUCAUCAACUCUCCCCAUUUGCAGUUUCUAGCAACUGGCAUUCAGAGGCAUGCUGCCUCCAGCAGUAGAGGAAGAAUAUAGCCAUUGUGGCUAGUAGCCAUCAAUCCCACUUCCCUCUGUGAAUUUGUCUAACCCUUGUUUUAAACACCCCCCAAGUUGGUGGCCAUAACUGCCUCUUGUGGGAGCAAACAAACAUUCCUAGCGAUUGUCCACGCUGGCUGGGACUAAUUGGAGUGGGAAGGCUAACAAUGGCAGACCACGGGCUCCCCAUCUCUGAACUAGACUGAUAGCAGUUAGGUCUGUGCGUACUCGGCGUAAAGUCCAUAGGCUGUUUUAUUGCAAGCUCAUUCUCCAAACUUGACCAAAACAAUACCAUCCACACACAGUGCUUUUUUUCUGGGGGUACGCAGGGGUACGCAUACCCCUAAACAUUUUGUGAAUCUUUGUACUUUUGUCCAUUUACUGUAUUUAUUUUUCCUGAUUUGAACUAUAAAAUGGUGGUUUUCUUGAGUCAAAAUGAGAGUACCCUGAAACAUUUUUUUAGAAAAAAAGUACUGUCCACACACGAAGGGGAGGCAGGCUUGGGAAAUGCAUGUUUGUAAAGGGACCAAAAAUUGAAAAAUAUCCCCAGCUAGAUGAAUGAGGUCUGAGUGUGCUCAGUGACCACAGAAUGGUGCAUGUCUGGGGUGGUGAGUGACAGUGGAGUAUCCAGGAAAAGGGCAUGAGUCACCCCUUAGUCCUAUAUGGCGCUGAAAUACAUGUCUCAAUUAGUGGAAAUCUUAACUCUUUGACUUCUGAGAUUUCACUGAAGUGUUACCUAAGUACUUAAUAUUAAGGGCUGUAGAAAUGUUGACAUUAGCCAGGAAAUAGUGUCAACUUUGGCCUUACUCUUGCAUUAAGCAAGGACAUGUUCCUUGCCCUUUGCUAGACUCUGCUUAAGGAAAAUAGUAGCUUGAUUUUUAAGGCACCUUAAAGGACCUCUGGGGCUUGCAGGGGGUGCCUAAUCUUCCAGGAAUCUUGAAGGAUGGCCAAACACCCAAUAGCACUGUAGCAAUUUAUCUGUCUAGGUGGUCUGGGUUCUCUCCAGCCUGCCAGGUCUUUAAGGGGGGUUGAUGUGCUUUCCUUUCUAAAUUCCUCCAGUUUUCAUUGCCCAGCUGCGGGCUGCUUGUUUAUAUUCUUUGGUUAGGGGCAUAAUCAGCCUGAGGAUGAGAGAAGACUUGACUUCCCUAUGACCAUUCUGUGGAUUUGUCUAAUGGCAUACUUCACAGAGAAGGAUCCUGUGGCUCUUGACAUAUUGUUGGACUCCCAAUUCCCAUGAAUGCCAGUCAGCGUGGCCUAUUGGUCAUGGAUAAUGGGAGUUGUAGUCCAACAACUUCUGAAGGGCUAAAGGUUCCCUAUUCCAACCAUACUUUAAUCGGGGACUUCCAAGUUUGAACUGUUUGCUUACGCAGAAAGGUGUGGCUUCUAAAAUUACCCACCCCUCCACAGCUGCAUGCAGAGGAGGCAGGUUUUCACCCCCUCCUUACUCAUCAAAUGAUGGAUGUGAUGACCAAGGAGGGGGCUGGACUGCACAGAGAUUUAAGCCUCUCUGCCCGCAUUUGUUUUCUUUUUGUCACCACCUAUGAAAGAAGUGGGGUCUUGAGGGGGACAGAGAAAAAAGCCCUUUAAUGUAUCUGAUCAAUUCCCUGGGCCCAGGAGGGUAGCCUCUCCUGUUCUGUCCCCCCCUUAAUUACAGCAUCUAGAGGGCAGCACGCACUAGACCCCCACAUUUGAACUAAAAACAGGGAUGGGGAAGCAGUGGCCCUCUAAAUGUGGGGCUCCAGCUCCCAUCAGCCCCAGCCAACAUGACCAGUGGUCAGGGAUGGUGGGAACUGGGAGUCCAGCAACAUCCGGAGGAUUGCAGGUUUCCUGUUCCUGAGCUAAACAUUUCUGUGAGCAGCUAUAGGCUGAGUUCUUAACUAUUUGACUAGAGAAAACAAACGCUUUACACCUGUGUUGUUCAACCUUGGUUCCCUGGGUGUUGCUGGACUGCAACUCGCAUCAUUCCUUGCCAGCUUAGCCCAUGGUCUAGGAUGAUGGGGAUUGAUUUCCAACAGCAUCAAUGGUUUGCUAAGCUUGGAUUGCCACCCGUUAAACCAACAGGCUCCCUGAUACUCAAAAGUGGGUGACAUGGUUGCUGUCACUGGCAGGACACCAAUAGGGGUGAAAUGCAGAACGUGAGUCACUGUGUCUGAUGGGUGUGGGGGCGUAUUCAAUUGUCAACAACUUUCUUGCACCAGCAGCUCAUGUUUUCCAGACUCGGGAUGAUUCAUUUCGAGGCUUCCCCUUUUAUUUCUUACACGCUUCUUGUUAAAUUCUGCUGUAGGAGUUCUUAUUGCAACAGUGCCAGAGUUCAACUGCCCUGUAGUGGAGCAGGCAAGCAUACAGUUGCUGCUUUGUCCUACAUCUACACACACACCCCCGGCCAGGAAUUGACCAUAAAUGUAGCCCAAAAGUCAGAAACCUUUGAAGGAGCCAUAUUUGGGAGCAACCAGUAAGAUGGACUGCAUCUUCUUUGCCUUUUUUUUUAAUUAAAAAAAAAAGCUUUUAAAGAAAUUCUGAAGGGUUACCUGCAUAGAUAAUGAAAAUAACUGCAAAUAUUUACCCAUGUUUGGGGAAAAUGCCAAUGGUUUACUUAAAGUCAGGGAAGGCUGGUUACUCAGAUAAGGUGGGGCAGAACCCUGCCUUUAUCUUUUUCUGCACCCCGAAAUCUAAAGCUAUAGGCCUGAAGUGUUUCUGUCCCCCACAAUUGUAUUCAUAAGUUUCGUAUCAUUGAGAGACACCACCAUGGAAUCUUUUCAGUCUAUGUCUCUUAAUACAAGCAGAACUGAAAAAUCACAGCUAUAUCUAGGCAUUUGAUGUUGAUUUUUGAGAAAUGUCAAACUACAAAACAGUUCUGCAGGUAAAAUGUGUAGGGGCUUUCCAGUGUUUUGCAUUGUUGGUAGCAUGCAUGCUUAUCUUCCUCUUGGACAGAAGUUAGGCGUGUGUCCGAGGUACAAUGAGCUCCUGGCUCUGGGAGCAAGUUCAUUCCUUUGAUGCCAAGGUGACGGACUUGGGAAAGCUAAGAGAGGCAGCAAAGUUGGUGGGUGAGACCUUUAGGGAAGUUAUAGCUGUGUCCCACUUCCACUCUCAUAGCUCCCUUGCUGUCAGGGAGAGGGAGAGCCUAGGACAGAGAGCAUGGUUCCCUUAGAAUGGACCCAGCUCCUUGGAGGAGCACAGCUAUCCUCUGCUGAGGACACAUCGCUGUGGGAUGGAGGGAUCAUGGUAGCAGACAAUUGAAUCAUUAGGAACAUAGAUAGUUGGGUCUGUAGUGGGCAUAGAGACCACAGGGUGAAUUGCCUGCCUAGUGCAAAGGUUGCAGGUGUUGUAUAUUCCCUCAGUAGCCUUGUAGAAAGUGCUGGAGAGGAGUGGUGGCAGUGGUGCGUAUUGGCACCAAUGACAAAGGGAAAUGUACUGGUUUGUUUAUUAUUAUUAUUAUUAUUAUUAUUAUUAUUAUUAUUAUACAAGAAUAUGUAGGCAUAAAAAAUACAUGUAACUGAGAAAAAGUACAGUGUUGCAGAAUAAAAUAACGGCAAGCCAGUGUACC